AUGGCGUGGGCACAACUCGCGGCGUCCAGAAGCUUCCUCCUGUUUUUUCUCGUCGUCGCCCUCGCUACCAGCGCCAACGCGAGAAUUUUUAGGCAGCCCGUACUGGGCCGCCUGCUUCCGUUCCCGGGAAGACUACGAUGCGUGCUGCGCGCCGAUAUGAGCUCCAACGAGGUGCUGAGCUCGACGCUGGGAGGCGAUGCGGGCGCCAAUGCCGAUCUAUGGAUCCGCUUGUACUGGUAA